AUGGAAAGAGGGAUUCAGCCUCCUUUGGUGGAUACAACAGCUUGUUUAUGUAGAGUAGACGUCGGCCUGAAAACCGUCGCCGGAGCAAAAAGAUUCGUCCCCGGUUCAAAGCUAUGUCUACAGCCAGACAUCAAAUCAUCAAUCCACCCAACCAGACAAAAACCACCACGCGACAGAACCCGCAACCAAUCCCCACUCCUGCCCGGACUGCCCGACGACCUCGCCAUCGCCUGUUUAAUCCGCGUCCCAAGAAUCGACCACCGCAAGCUCCGCCUAGUCUGCAAAAGAUGGUACCGUCUUCUCGCCGGAAACUUCUUCUACUCCCUCCGGAAAAACCUCGAAAUCGCCGAAGAAUGGGUUUACGUUAUGAAAAGAGACAAAGAUCGGAAGAUGACAUGGCAUGGAUUCGACCCCAUGAACCACCUCUGGCAACCGCUGCCACCUGUCCCCAAAGAAUACUCCGAAGCCGAAGGUUUUGGUUGCGGCGUUUUGAGCGGCUGCCACCUUUAUUUAUUCGGCGGAAAAGAUCCGAUCAAAGGGUCGAUGAGACGAGUGGUUUAUUACAGUGCCCGGACUAAUAAAUGGCAUCGAGCUCCAGAUAUGCUCCGGCGUCGACAUUUUUUCGGAUCGUGUGUAAUCAACAACUGUUUAUACGUCGCCGGCGGCGAAAACGAAGGUGUCCACCGGUCGUUAAGGUCAGUUGAGGUUUAUGAUCCGAGCAAGAACCGGUGGUGUUUUGUUGCGGACAUGAGCACCGCGAUGGUUCCUUUCAUCGGGGUGGUGUACGGCGGGAGGUGGUUCUUGAAGGGGCUUGGGUCACACCAACGGGUGGUAUCGGAGAUGUAUGAACCGGAAACUAACGUGUGGAGACAUGUUCACGAUGGAAUGGUGGCGGGGUGGCGGAACCCUAGCACUUGUUUGAAGGGGAAGCUUUAUGCGUUGGGGUGUAAAGAUGGGUGUAAAGUUAGGGUUUAUGAUGAUGAAACAGAUUCAUGGAGUAAACAUAUCGAUAGCAAGAUGCAUAUGGGGAAUUCCAAGGGUUUAGAGGCGGCGGCAUUGGUGCCACUUAAUGGGAAACUUUGUAUUAUAAGGAAUAAUAUGAGUAUAUCUUUGGUGGAUGUUGAUGGUGGAGGUGGAGGUGGAGGAGGGGCGGCGGAGGCUGAGCAUUUGUGGGAGACACUCGCCGGAAGAGGGCAGUUUAAGACUUUGGUGUCGAAUCUGUGGUCUAGUCUUGCCGGAAGGAACCGCCUUAAGAGUCAUAUUGUUCAUUGUCAGGUUCUUCAAGCGUGAGGUUUGAAGGUCAGCAAUGGCGGAUAUAUGAUGGUUUUUUAGGUUGUUUUAGAUGUUUUUUUUUGGGGUGCAAGAACUUAUAUAUAUUAUACACACUUGAAUGUUUUUAGUUUUUUUAACCGAAAUUUUGGAGUAUAUUCCCUCUUUUGCCAUCAAGAUUGUCUAUUGAGACCUUGUUUCCUUCACAUGAAAACUUAGAACAAUGUUAUUCAAUAUUUGACUUACAUUGGAUACACAAGACUCAAGAAUAACAUUGUUGAUACUCUAUUUAACAAUGUUUUAAUGUAUUUGAUAUGCAUUGGAUUUGGUAUGGAAUAAAAUUGUAACUUUGGGAAAAAGAGGGAAACAUCCUUGUCAUGUGUAACUAAAUCUACUAAUCUACUAGGUUACAAUUAUCAAAC